AUGAGUCCCAAACACGUCAUCUACAAGAAACUCUCCAGAGACAAGUCUGUGGGCGUGUACAUGGAAAAGCGGGAUUUCGUGGAUCACUGUGAGUUUGUUGAUCCUGUCGAUGGUGUUGUGCUGAUCGACCCCGAGCAGGUGAAAGGAAAGAAAGUCUAUGUCAUGCUGUCCUGUAUGUUCCGGUACGGUCGGGAUGAUAUGGAUGUGUUGGGGAUGUCAAAAGUGUUUGUGUUUGUGCAGCGUUGUGCAAUGGAGUUUGAGGUGAAGGCCUUCUGUGCAGAAAAUCAAGAUGAAAAAGCCCAAAAGAGGAGCUCGGUCCGGUUGGCCAUCAGAAAGAUCCAGUACGCUCCAGAUAAAGGAGGCGCAGCUCCAUCGGCCGAAACCACCUGUGAGUUCAUCAUGUCUGAUAAACCGCUGCACAUGCGGGUCAGUCUGGAGAAAGAGACGUAUUACCAUGGAGAGGAGAUCAACAUCAGCGUGGACGUCGACAACAGCUCCAACAGGAACAUGAAGGACUUGUCAGUCUCAGUGGAGCAGGUCACUAAUGUGGUGCUUUACUCUAACGACAAGUACGUCAAAACUGUGGCCUAUGAGGAAACCACGGACACUGUGCCGUCUGGUACGAGUCUGAAGAAGGUUUACACCCUCUGUCCUCUACUGGACAAUAACCGUGAGAGACUGGGACUCGCUCUGGAUGGAAAACUAAAGCAUGAGGACACUAACCUGGCCUCCUCCAGCAUUGUAAAGGAUGAAGUUCUGAAGGAGAUUCUGGGCAUGUUGGUGGCCUAUAGGGUGGUGGUGAAAAGUAAUGCAGCCGGCAUCAUUGGAUCCAGUGAAGUUGCCGUGGAGGUUCCCUUCAAACUCAUGCAUCCAAAACCUGAUCCUGAGAGUGAAGACACCACUGACCUGGUGUUCGAGGAGUUUAAACGCUCCUAUCUGAAAGGAGUCAUCGGCGACGAUGACGAAUCUCCGGCUGAGCCUUGAGAGCCUUCUCCAUGGAAAGUGGUCACAGACGACACGUAUAAGUGUUUUGUGUAGGCAGACUUGUGCGUUUAAAAAUUCAUAAGCAUUUAUGGAUGCAUCUUAAAGGGUUAGUUCACCCAAAAA